GGAAGGCCGGGAAUACAUUACUCACAGCAAACACAAGGGAGCCCAGAAGAGAGUCCAAGGAACUUGCAACAAGACGACAGAAUAUUCAGUCACAAAGAGGUACAAUGGCCAUUUUGGUUACACCUGAAGCUCAUGAAAGCACAAAAGCAGGUAUGAGCCAUGCUGGAAACUCUGAAAGUCGAAGCCGUUAUGAAACACCAGCACUUUCUGAAUUGCAGCGGCUAGUUUGGAGCAGAGGAAGUUCCGACAACCAUGUGGAUCAAGUGUGGCCAAACCUCUACCUUGGAGACGGAUGGGCAGCUCGAAGCAAAGCCAUUCUGCAGAGCCUCGGCAUCACCCACAUCCUCAACGCAGCAGACGGGCCGUACAACAUCAACACGGGCGCUCGAUAUUACAGAGACCUGCCAAUCGAGUACUACGGGGUGCAGGCGUUUGAUGACACCUCGUUUGAUAUCAGCAUCUUCUUCCAGGAUGCUGCGAAUUUCAUCCACAAUGCCUUGAAGGCUACAGGAGGCAAGGUAUUUGUCCAUUGUGCCAUGGGGUUAAGCCGCUCAGCCACUUUAGUGCUGGCCUAUUUGAUGAUCCAUGAAAACCUGACACUCGUGGAGGCCUUGAAAUCGGUGGAUUCAAACCGAGGGAUUUGCCCAAACACAGGGUUCCUCAUCCAGCUACGAGCCCUGGACAUCAGAUUAAAUAAUGAGAAGAGAGGUGCCUCGGCACUCUGAGGAAAACAUAGUGAUGCAAUCCCUAUGAAGACAAGCAACGCUGCAGCACCAAUGCUUAAUUUGGAAUAAUUACUUGGUGGAGAGGGUGGGGCAGUUCUUUAACUUCAAUAAAAAUAGAAACCUGGACUGAAAGGAAAUUUUCUGUUUGUUUUU